AUGGGCUCCGUCGCAGCAUUAACACCGGACCAGCUCCAUCUCAUCAAGGCUACUGUGCCUGUUCUGGUGGAGCAUGGCAACACCAUCACCACCGUUUUCUAUAAGAAUAUGCUAACGGCUCACCCGGAGUUGAACAGUAUAUUCAACAUCCCGAAUCAAGUCAACGGCCACCAGCCCCGUGCUUUGGCCGGUGCAUUGUUUGCAUAUGCCUCAAACAUCGACAAUCUGGGGGCGCUGGGCCCUGCUGUGGAGCUGAUCUGCAACAAACAUGCCUCACUUUUCAUCAAGCCAGACCACUAUAAAAUUGUUGGGAAGUACUUGCUCGAAGCAAUGGGCGAGGUUCUCGGCGAAGCAUUGACGCCGGAGAUCAAAGAUGCUUGGGCGGCUGCAUACUGGCAACUAGCCGACAUCAUGAUCGGGCGGGAGAAGCAGAUCUAUGAACAGAGCGAGGGGUGGACUGAUUGGCGCGACUUUAAGAUUGUCGACAAGGUGAAAGAGUCGAACGAAAUCACUUCUUUCUAUCUGGCGCCAUCUGAUGGCAGACCGCUGCCUGCAUUUUCCCCGGGUCAAUAUAUCUCUGUGCAGAUUUAUGUGCCCGAGCUGAAAAAUCCGCAGCCCCGUCAGUACUCGCUUAGCGACAAACCCUCUCCGGAAUAUUAUAGAAUCAGUGUCAAAAGGGAGAAGGGAUUGAACUCGCCCGAUGCCGGCGCGGCUGCUCACCCUGGUAACGUGUCGAACCUCCUCCACGACAAAUUCAACAAGGGAGAUUUGUUGAAGGUCUCUCACCCGUGUGGCGACUUUUUCCUUUCGAGCAACGAUGCUAGCCCAACAAAUCCGGUCGUUCUUAUUUCAGCUGGUGUUGGCUUGACACCAUUGACGUCGAUGUUGAACACUUUGACUACGAAAUCGGCCCCUUCCGAGCGCAAGCUGCAUUUCAUUCAUGGUGCUCGAUCAUCUGCGGCACGAGCUUUCAAAGAGCACAUAACCAGCAUACAGAAAGAGCAUUCGAAUCUCCGGUCAACCUUCUUCAAUAGUCAUCCAUCUGAGAAUGAGAAGCAAGGCCUGGAUUAUGACCACGUGGGUCGUGUAGAUUUGAACAAGCUGGACGGAGUGAAGGAUCUUUUCCUUGACGAUUCUCGAACCGAGUAUUAUAUCUGCGGCCCCGACAAGUUCAUGAACGAUGUGCAAGCCAAUCUCAUGGAGAAAAAAGUGCCUGCUGAUCGCAUUAAGAUGGAGUUGUUUGGAACAGGUGGUGUGAACUGA